GGCCGCUCACUGACCCGCUCCCACAGCCUCGCGCCGCUCGCUGUCGCCCCGUCCCCGCGCCCCCCCGGCCGGCCGAGCAGCGGGCCCCCGCGGCCAGCGCCAUGCAGCGGGCGCGCCCCGCGCUCUGGGCCGCGGCGCUGAUCGCGCUGGCGCUGCUCCGCGGGCCGCCGGCGGCACGGGCCGGCUCGGGCGCGGCGGGCACCGGCCCGGUGGUGCGCUGCGAACCGUGCGACGCGCGCGCCCUGGCCCAGUGCGCGCCGCCGCCCGCCGCUCCCCCGUGCGCCGAGCUGGUUCGCGAGCCCGGCUGCGGCUGCUGCCUGACCUGCGCGCUGCGGGAGGGUCAGGCGUGCGGCGUCUACACCGAGCGAUGCGGCGCAGGCCUCCGCUGCCAGCCGCCGCCGGGCGAGCCGCGCCCGCUGCAGGCGCUGCUGGACGGUCGCGGGAUCUGCGCCAACGCCAGCGCCGCCGGCCGCCUGCGCGCCUACCUGCUGCCCGCGCCGCCCGCGCCAGGAAACGGCAGUGAGUCCGAGGAGGACCGCAGUGUAGACAGCAUGGAGAACCAGGCCCUGCCCAGCACCCACCGGGUGCCUGACUCCAAACUCCACUCUGUCCACACCAAGAUGGACGUGAUCAAGAAAGGGCACGCCAAGGACAGCCAGCGCUACAAGGUCGACUACGAGUCUCAGAGCACGGACACCCAGAACUUCUCCUCUGAGUCCAAGCGCGAGACGGAAUACGGGCCUUGCCGCCGGGAAAUGGAGGACACGCUGAACCACCUCAAGUUCCUGAACAUGCUCAGCCCCCGGGGCAUCCACAUCCCCAACUGCGACAAGAAGGGCUUCUACAAGAAAAAGCAGUGCCGCCCUUCCAAAGGCAGGAAGCGGGGCUUCUGCUGGUGCGUGGAUAAGUACGGGCAGCCCCUCCCGGGCUUCGACGUGAAGGGGAAAGGGGACGUGCACUGCUACAGCAUGGAGAGCAAGUAGACGCUGCGCCCACUUCAUGUGGAGCUCAAAUAUGCCUUAUUUUGCACAAAAGACUGCCAAGGACACGAUCAGCAGCUGGCUACAACCUCGAUUUCUAUGUCUCCUUGUGGCGAAUUGA